AAGUACUCCGGGUCGAAACAGCUCCGCGCCGACGUCUGAGACGACAAGUAAGAACGUCCAUAAUAUCCACGACCACACAUCUGACUUGCCGGUUAGUCAAGUCUUGAGACCUUACGAGCUGAUAUCACUGUCAGUUGGUUUCAACCUAUUUUCCAGCAAACAUUAAAGCAGCUUGCGUCAUACGAUGGCUGCAUCCCAGUUCCGCCUCCCCUUCCUCGCAGGCGCGGGUGCCCUGGCCUUUGCAACGGCCCAGGCCUCGCUCUACGACGUCAAGGGUGGCACGAGGGCGGUCAUCUUCGACCGUCUGUCCGGAGUCAAGGACACAGUCGUUAACGAGGGUACGCACUUUCUCAUUCCAUGGCUGCACCGCGCAAUCAUCUUCGACGUCCGCACCAAGCCACGGAUGAUCGCCACCACGACGGGAAGCAAGGAUUUGCAAAUGGUCAGCCUGACGCUGAGGGUACUCCACCGGCCUGAGGUGAAGGCUCUGCCCAAGAUAUACCAGAACCUCGGCACCGACUACGACGAGCGUGUCCUUCCCUCUAUCGGCAACGAAGUCCUCAAGUCCAUUGUGGCCCAGUUCGACGCCGCCGAGCUCAUCACGCAGCGUGAGGCCGUCUCGCAGCGCAUCCGCACCGACUUGAUGAAGCGCGCAUCCGAGUUCAACAUUGCGCUCGAGGACGUCUCCAUCACCCACAUGACCUUUGGCAAGGAGUUCACCAAGGCUGUCGAGCAGAAGCAGAUUGCCCAGCAGGAUGCCGAGCGUGCCCGCUUUAUCGUCGAGAAGGCUGAGCAGGAGCGCCAGGCCAACGUCAUUAGGGCUGAGGGUGAAGCCGAGAGCGCAGAGACCAUCUCCCGCGCCAUCGCCAAGAGCGGCGACGGGCUGGUGCAGAUCAGGAAGAUCGAGGCGAGCAGAGAGAUUGCACAGACGCUCGCGUCAAACCCCAAUGUCGCUUAUCUCCCAGGUGGCAAGCAGGGCACAAACAUUCUGUUGAAUGCCGGCAGGGCAUAGACAUGGAUGGACUGGUUGAAGAAAGAAAAAAUCUCAUAAGGAGUUUUCCGUGUAUUACUAGUCUUUGCGUUGCGGGAAAAGCAUGUACCUUCUCCCCUUCAGCCGUGAUAAUAUUACCAGCCAUAGCGGCAUUUUAUGCACCGCAUGCCCCAUGUACUAUAAUGUGAUGGCCUCAUAGUACGUGAAUAUAGCUAUGGCAGCCAUGAAUUACUCAGGAGAUUCACCGACUACGUAGACAGGCCAAGGCAGCCUCCAUAU